AUGGACAACAUGACAACAACCUUUGGCACUUCGAGUCCAGCCUAUGUCACCGAGAGCUCUCCAAUGCCUCGAAGCUUGCCGUGGGUGGUGGCUCUUCUGCUUGGAUAUCCAUUGCUGCAACAGUACCUGCGUUAUCGAAGGUUGAACGCAAUGAAGACGAAAUACAACUAUUCCACGAGACAGGAUCUGGCGAAAAUGACGGACCAAGAAGCAUGGGAAAUAUUUAACAAUCUCGCCGAACUUGAAUUCCCCACUAUGUUCGAGAAAGGAAUACAGUUUGCACUGUUUAGAACUUAUGGAAUUCCAACCAUAUCCUCAUUGCUGGUCAAGACAACCCAGCUGUCGACAACGAAGAAUGCCGGCAAGCGUUAUGCAGAUACAGUAGUCCUCCUUGCGGAGAUCUUUGGAAAUAAGCCAACCUCAGAGCGUGCCAUUGACUCCUUUGGGCGUAUGAACUAUCUGCAUGGCGUCUAUCGAGAUGCAGGACAGAUCCUCGAUGACGACAUGCUCUACACCCUCGCCCUGUUUGCUAUCGAGCCGAUCAAGUGGGUUGAACGAUACGACUGGCGAAAGUUUUCCGAUCUUGAGAAAUGUGCAAUGGGGACUUUUAUGAAGAGCAUGGGUGACGCGAUGUUAAUCGACUACGGAAAUCUGCCCUCAGCAGAGCGAGGAUUCAGGGAUGGCAUCCAUUGGCUAGAGGAAAUAUGGCAGUGGGCCGAGGAAUAUGAAAUAAAGCAUAUGGUACCAAAUGAGAAAAAUCACCAGACCGCCAAUGAGACUACCGCUCUGCUGCUUAUAACCAUUCCUGACGCUUUGAAGCCAAUGGGGAAACACGCCGUCAGCGCGAUGAUGGACGACAGAUAUCCUCGUCCUCCGCCCAUCUACUUUCGAGUCCUCGACGUGGUUCUUGCUCUUCGCAAGUAUUUCAUGAAAUACAUCGCUUUACCAAGGCCAAGCUUUAUGCGAUAUCGCUUGCUAGACGACAAAGAGGACAGCAAAGGUCGAAGGGCAGUCCAAAGAUACGAUGCGUAUCCUUUCUAUGUCAGGCCCACGUUUUGGAAUCGUUGGGGUCCGUCCGCAUGGCCAUCGCGUCUCCUAGGCCUUCCUUUGCCCGGAGACAGUGGCGAUAUUUACUAUCCCAAGGGAUACUCGCUACCAGAAGUAGGCCCAAACACAUUCGUUGGCAAGGGCUCGGUGGCAGCAAGCGAAACAAAGGCAAGGCUGAUGAAGGAAAGGACUGGCGGCUGUCCGUUUGCUGUACUACGAUGA